UCUUAAUCUAAUCCUUCACGAAGUCUUCGUCUGGUCUCCCCCACCCGCAUCCCCCCCAGGCCUCAUCACCGCAGCCGCCAUGGCCGCCGCGUCGGAUCUGGAGAGCAAGGCCAAGGAGGCCUUCGUCGACGACGACUUCGAACUGGCCGCCGAGCUGUACACGCAGGCCAUCGAUGCCGGCCCCGCCACCGCCGAGCUCUACGCCGACCGCGCUCAGGCCCACAUCAAGCUCGGCAACUAUACUGAGGCUGUAGCUGAUGCUAACAAAGCAAUUGAACUCGACCCAUCAAUGCACAAGGCGUAUCUUCGUAAAGGUGCCGCUUGCAUCAAGCUUGAGGAGUAUCAAACCGCAAAGGCUGCUCUUGAAUUGGGUGCUUCAUAUGCAUCUGGUGACUCAAGAUUUACUCGUCUAAUGAAAGAGUGUGAUGAGCGCAUUGCAGAGGAGGCUCACCAGGCGCCUAUAAAAAAGACCGAGGAUCCAGCAGCUGCCCCUUCUGUGGCUUCUACUGUUGAGGAAAAGGAUGACACUGUGACAAUGGAAAAUACACAAAUGGUAGAAGUACCAAGCAAACCUAGGUUCAGGCAUGACUUCUAUAACAGUGCUACAGAUGUUGUAUUGACAAUUUUUGCCAAGGGUGUUCCACCUGAGAAUGUGGUCAUUGAUUUUGGUGAACAGAUGUUAAGUGUGUCAAUUGAAGUCCCUGGAGAGGAGCCAUACCAUUUUCAGCCGCGGCUGUUCUCUAAGAUCAUCCCAGAUAAGAGUAAAUACCAAGUGCUAUCCACCAAGGUGGAAAUAAGACUUGCUAAAGCCGAGCAGAUCACGUGGACCUCACUCGACUAUGAUAACAAACCAAAGGCUCUUCCACAAAAGAUUAUCUCAGCAGCUUCGUCAGCUCAAAGGCCAUCAUACCCAUCAUCAAAAUCCAAGAAAGACUGGGACAAAAUAGAAGCCGAAGUUAAAAAGGAGGAGAAGGAGGAGAAGCUUGACGGUGAUGCAGCAUUGAACAAAUUUUUCCGUGACAUUUACAGUGAUGCUGAUGAAGACAUGAGGAGGGCGAUGAUGAAGUCCUUUGUGGAAUCUAACGGUACUGUUCUCUCGACCAACUGGAAGGAUGUCGGCGCAAAGAAGGUAGAGGGAAGCCCUCCUGAUGGAAUGGAGCUCAAGAAGUGGGAGUACUAAAAUCUCGGGUCCUCCAUGUUGUAAAUGCUUUGUCGUCGUGAGUCAUCACUUGGCUGGAGUUAUCGCAUAUCAAUGCCAUUUAUCAGGUUUUGUGUGAUGUUCUUCGUUGCGUUUCCAUACUGUAAGCUCUCUGUAUGACAGGCUAGCUUGUCGGAGACUUUACCUUAUUGGAAGAUACAUCUGGACACAAGAGUACGCUACCUGAGAUCUUUGCUACGAAGUGCGGAAUGCUGUCGUUUACUGAUAUUUAUUUGCUAAGUACUACUGUAUCUCCUAUCAUCCCUGAAAUGUGAUAUUCGUCUUAAUUUGUAGCUUAUGUAAUUCAGCGUUCACAGUUUAUUACUUAACGGGCUUUUGCUUGAUAUGA